AUGGGAUCUCCUCAGAGGGGCACAGUCUAUCCGGUGGUCAAGACAAAUAAAGUUGGGUCCAAAGUAGCAGUUUCAACACAUAAGGGGGCUGAGGGUAGUAACGCAAUCCCUCAUCGGGGACAUGCUUUUGCCUCAAGCCAGAGAGGUGCUACCAUCUCCCAUGGAAAGUCAGAACCUGCGCAUCCCAUCACUACAGAGUAUCCUCGAUUUUUCUCCCCACAAUCAGGGCCUAACCUUUCCAGUGCACCCUCCCUUCGGGGCACCGAGGCCCGGCCGAGAACAGAAACAUCCCGUCAAAUCUCUCCUCACCGAAAAACACAGCAAACUCAGACGGCUGCUUCCCACAAUGUCUCUAUACACCGGAAUGUUACCUUACCUAGGGAGGAAACAGUACGGAAAAAUGCCCCUGCUGCAGUACGUGAGAGCGCCCACCACUCCUCACUAAACACAGAUGCCAGAACCACUCGCCGGUUGAGUUUUCUAGACCCAAAGGAUAACCUAGAAGUCUUACAGCAGGAAGAAGAACCACCCUCUAAGGUCCAGAACCCACAAGGGGUCAGAGUUCCCCGUAAGAUUUCACUUCACCCAAGGGAUGAAGCAGUCCAAACUGACCCCAUCCGGAGGACUUUGACUGCUGCUGAUACCAAAUCUUCAAGGACACCCUCUAGCCCAGAACAUGGCAUCUGCCGAUUCUAUCCAGAGCCUCGGACAAUGCAGAGAAGGAUCCCUGGCCAAGAGUCUGAAAUGGGACCUCACAGUUCAAUUUAUUCAGAUGCAAAGCCUUUACAGAAGAAUGUAAACUUGGAAUCAUGCCUCAAAUUUUCUGUCCUUAGAGAUUUGGAAGGUGGACACCGCGUUUCUCCACGUCCAGAGCUGGAUUCUGCCCACAAGUAUUCUGUCUAUACUGAACCCAAAAGCUCCACAAAGGUCUCAAUGGGAACAAUGGAGUCUGGCAUGAAGUCCUCAACCAGAGAUGGUGAGUUCCGCAAGGUCACCAUUUCCCAAGGAGGGCAGCCAACUCAACGUGCAGCUCGAGCAGUACCUGAGAGCUACAAAUCUUCUGGAAUCUUUGCACCUUCAGAGCCUAUCUAUAAGCAGCAUGUCCAGAGACCCCCAGAAACUGUUCAUACAUCUUCAGGACCCAUCCCAAAGCAUGUGGAACUGGAACUGACCCCUCGACCCUUGCCCCCUCGUUCCCUACCUAGGUAUGGACCUGACUCCUCAUGGUGGACAUUACUCAAUCCUGAAGUUGAAAUGCCUGAAAGCAGGCAAGCAACACCUAAUUUUGAGCCUAAGUCCCCUGCUCCCCUAGAUUCUUUAUUGUCCUUUUUUGAAAAGGACUCAAAUUCUUUCUAUGAAGAGCUGACGUUACAGAGAGAGAAGGCAAGUCCACUAGCAUCACCACCAGCAUCGUCACCACCUCCACCAGCAGUGGCAGCAGCAGCAAAACAGUCUCCAAACCAGGCACCUUUGAGGGAAGCGCCACAGGCCCCCAAGCAUACCUCCAAACAACCCAUUCAAAGGUUUAGUGCUUUCUUCUUGGAUGUCUCUGAGGAAAUGUACAAUCGUGUCAUCUGGUGGCUAAAAGGUCUGUGCUUUUCUCUUUCUAGGGACCUAUUGUGGGUGGUUGGGGUGGCGGAGGAUGGGCCGGCUGAAUCCUACUCAAGCCCCCACCCCCAGAAGAAACACUGGCUGCUGCUCGGGCAGGAUCUUCAGUGA